AUGAGCGAGAAGUCAGGAGGUAGCACGGGCCCAGCGGCGCGCCGCUUCAGCGCCCUGCGCGACCGCAUGCGGCGGGACCAGUACAGCGUCUCGCCGCGCGGCGCGAGCCCGGUCCCAAGCGGCAGCGUGAGCCCGCGCGGCGGUGCGCGGAGUCCAGACACGGGUCCGGUGUUGCAAUCACUGCGACGCACGUUCGCAGCCGGGCUGGGGUCCGAGGCCGGGUCCGCGGGGAUGCUCUCGGGGUCGACGGGGACCCGCGCGUUGUCCGCGGGGACGGGUCUGAACGGCGUGAGCGCGGGAAUCAGGGAGCGCUGGUUGCGCGACCUUCCGAUGCCGCCCGGAACGGGGGAGCAGGCACGGCAGUCCGCCGCCGCAGCGCGCGGCGACGGCGCUUCGCCCCCAAUGCCCCCAGGCUCAGUCGAAGAGGGCCAGGAGGACAGCGUGUCGACGCGGUCGCGCGAGGUCCCGUCCGGCGCGCCGGCGUCCUCGGCCGCCGACGGCGCCGACGGCGUCUUCCGGCAUCCAGCCAACCGCCGCUCCGGGCGCCGCGGCGUGCCGACCGAAACCACCGCGUCCGCGGGCCGCUCCACGCUGCGCAUCAAGGCGCUGUCCGGGCGCGCCGCGCGGGAGUCGAUGUUCGCGCAGACGGAGCAAGCGGAGCUCGCGUUCGGCGGACGCGCGUCGGAGUAUGUGGCCGUGGCGGUGCUCCUCGCGCUCGCGCUGCUGUGCGCGAGCGUGGCGUACGUAGGCACGGUGCGCGGGCACCUCGUCAGCCCCGUGCACGCGCACUACGACGAGUUCUACCGCCGCAUGCACGAGAAAAUGAGUGCCCCGGUAGAACACACCGAACUGUAA